UUCAUUACCAGAGGGGGAAAAAAUGGAAGUAAGAGGUAUGCUUUUUAUUUACAUUUUGUUGGUGCUGUGUUUUUCCGGCGACGGCAUUAUCUCGCCGGUGCAAUCUAGAUACUACUCAAGUCGUGCUCACCGCAAACCCAUGACGGAAAAGAUCACUCACCUCCACUUCUUCCUCCAUGACAUUCUCUCCGGCGCUAACCCCAGCGCGGUGGAGGUGGCCAGCCCCGCUACCGCCGCCGUUGGUGGCGACGAGUCCAACCCGACGCCGUUCGGCCACGUGUACGCGAUUAACGAUCUCCUCACUGACGGCCCCGAGGCCACCUCCAAGGUCGUGGGAAACGCCCAAGGCAUGUACCUCUCUUCCGGCCGCGAGACGCCCUCGCUUGUCAUGUACGUCGACUUUGGGUUCACCACCGGCAAGUUUAACGGCAGCUCCAUCGGCGUGUUUUCCCGGAAUCCGAUUACGGAGCCGAACUUCCGGGAGGAGGCAGUGGUCGGCGGAAGGGGGAAGUUGAGGAUGGCCAGAGGGUUUGCGAAGGUCAGGACGAGUUACCUGAACAUCACUAAUGGGGACGCCAUUCUUGAAUACUUCGUCACUGUCUUUCACUAGCCAGAAGGGAGAAUUAAUAUUUGAAAAAUUCUUUAGCUUUUUCGAGUUUAUAUUUCGGUUAUGUAGAUUUAAAUAAAAUGUAAUAUGUGGCUACGUCCCUACAGGGAAAGGUGCCCAUUUGAAUAAAAUAUAACUUUUGAAAAUGUUUUAAAA